ACUAAAGAAAGCAGUUUUUUCUCUCUUUCUCCUUUAUUUGUGGAUGGAUUUGAAUGAUCAAUGCUCUACAACUUAAGUCAUUGUCACUUCCUUUCAUUUAACCUGCAAUGUUUAAGAAAACCCCUCUUUUUUUUAUCUAAACACUUUUUGAAAUUGUCGAGACACAAUAAAAACAACCAGAAACAGAAACUAUAGGGGGCUCAACUUGUUCAGGAAGUGACGUCAAACCAAUAUGGCAGCGCACAGCAAGCACAGACAGAUUUUUAAAACCAUUUAAAGCUUGUACACGUCUUUGUAUCCGAACACUAAACACAUGGGCAUUUUGGGGUUAAAACAGAGAGCACUGUUUACGGAGGAAAGCUGCGUGACGUCAUUAUCGCCUUCAAGGAGGUCGAUAAUGGCGUCAUUCCCGAGUUGUCCGCAUUCCGUCCUACUUCCGAGUUAUGCCAAAUAGUGUGACGUGAUGAAAAGGUAACAUAUAGAUUAUGAAAGGUGUUCGUGCUCAUUGUUCAUGCUGAUCAGACACCGGAAGUGUGUGUAUGUGUGUCUGUAUGGAGGGGAAACACUGUGUAGAACUGGUUGGAUGAAACUGGGUUUCUCCCACUCUAUGUCCGACUACAACAGUCAUUUAUCAAGGAGAUCCGAGACUCGCUUCAUUUCUGCUCCAGGAAAUCAUCUUAAGGAAGUGGAAUCACCCAGCCUUGCUCAAAUGGGAAAUUCAGUGGGCCAAAACAGCUUGGGAAUUCCUCAAGGAAAAGGACCACACCAAGUGGGAUGCACAGAUUUAAUGGUGGGACACACUUUACAGGGAAUCUUCUUUAGACUUUAUUAUCCAUGCCAAGCUGUAGAGGAUUCAGAUGAGCCGAACUGGAUCCCAUGCAGAGAAUACUUCAAUGGUCUUGCUGACUUCAUGAAAAUGGGACGAGCGCUGAGUGAACGGAUUUUUAAUUACCUCUUCGGCUCUUUCAAAAUCCCUGCAGCAUGGAACGCCUCAUUUAAAGCAGAUGGACAAUACCCAGUCAUUAUUUUCUCCCAUGGACUGGGAGCAUUCAGGACUCUGUAUUCAGCUAUAUGUGUAGAGUUGGCCUCACAGGGUUUCAUUGUUGCUGCAGUCGAACACAGGGACGAAUCCGCUUCGGCAACCUUCUACUACAAAGAGAGGUGUGAGACACAAAAAAGCCAUUGCGCAUCACGGAAAACAUUCCAGCCUGUGUCUGAUAACUUGGUGGAAGAGUGGAUGUACUACAGAGCACUAAAAACAGACGAGAGUGAAUUCCUUCUAAGAAACAAUCAAGUGAAACAAAGGGCAGAUGAGUGCAUCCAAGCUUUGGAUCUGCUUAUCGACAUCAAUUCAGGAAAGUCUGUGCAAAACACCUUACAGUCUGAUUUCGACUGGUCGAAACUAAAGAACUGCAUGGACUUGUGCAGGAUAGCAGUCAUGGGUCAUUCCUUUGGUGGGGCCACAGUGAUCGAGUGUUUGUGCAAGGAAGUCAAGUUCAAUUGUGGUGUCGCGUUGGACACAUGGAUGUUUCCACUCGAUGAGGUCAUCUUUCCAGGCGUGAAACAACCAAUUUUCUUCAUUAACUCCGAGAAGUUCCAGUGGGCUGGGAAUAUUAUGCGCAUGAAGAAAUUGGAUUCUGCCCUCAUUCCACGAAAAAUGAUCACCAUCAAAGGGGCUGUGCAUCAGAGCUUCCCCGACUUCACCUUUCUCACAGGGAACUGGAUUGGGAAGCUCCUGAAGCUGAAGGGAGAAAUCAAUCCUCACGUGGCAAUGGAUUUGUGCAACAGAGCCUCGUUAGCAUUCCUUCAACGACACUUGUCUCUGGCGAGAGACUUCAAUCAGUGGGAUCAUUUAAUCGACGGCAAAGAUGACCACCUGAUUCCAGGCACCAACAUCACUCUGCUUCAGUCCUCCAUCUAACCAUUUGUUUAAAAUAAAUAGGAAUUAAACUGAUCCUGAGCCACUAAUUCACUACAGGAAAUGAAACAUUAUUAGACACUGACAUGAGAAGACUAUAAUAAGUUAAUAUAAGCUAGUUUGUUACAUUUUUUUUUAUCUUUUGGAUUAAAUUUUACAUAAGGUGUAAUUUUUUUCCAUCAUUUUACUCUUGUCUUUGAAAAAGAAGAGGCAAUAAAAAACAUGAACUUU